AUGCGCGGAUUUUAUAUGCAAUAUCUUGACAGCCUCUGCCAGCGGCGUGGCUGGGAGCAGCCCACAUACGAGUGCUACCGCGAACCCGGUGGCUACACAUGCCUGGUCCUGGUCAACGGGCGCGAGUACCAGACCGAUCUGGCUUACGAAUCGGAUGAGCUGGCGCGCGAAAAUGCGGCCAUGCGCGCCUUUAUGGUUUGCAGGAACUUCAGCGUCAAUGGUGGCAUGCUGGCCCGCAACGGCAUCGUCCAGGGGCUUCCCGCAGACGAGUCCAACCGCAAGCACCGGAAGAGCAGCAGCCGCCACACGUCCUCGGCGUCUUCGCACUCCCACUCGUCGCAUUCGCACGGCCACCACAGCCGCAGCCGCCGCUCUGGCCAGCACUCGAGCGGCAGCUCCACUGCUUCCUACGAGUGA